CCGAGCUGCAAGACACGUUGUUAUUGAAGCUCCCCUCACAAUACACAAAAAUUCAUUAUUGCUGACAAUUCGUUGCUGUUAUUUGUUGUAGUUACUUGAAUUAAUUUGUCGUCACUGGUUCUAUUGACGUGACGAAUGCAUCCGGAAAUGUUAUUUCGGUUGUGAGACUUAAGCUAACACGAGUUAACCGAGGCGUUCUUUUCCCCGCCAAUGUGUUGAUUAUUUUUGCUUAUUUUGGUUUGGCAAUGACAUCAACGGUAUUUGUGUUGUUCGCUGUGGUGUGCUGCUGCCGCUUGGUAACUUGUACUCUGUCUAAAACGGAUGCAAAGAGAUCUAGCAAAGUGGAGACUCAGGCAUCACCAGCACAAGUGUCAGUGUUGGAGAGAGGACUAGUGCUGUCAGAGGUCCACUGGAAGGAUAUUGUGAAGGAAGAGAAGAGAUACUGGUCUCACAUCAAGAGAACUUUCCCUGGAGCAGUUCUUGGCUAUGUUACGCCUUGGAACUCUCACGGUUAUGACGUUGCCAAGCUGUUUGGGCCCAAGCUAACUUCUGUAUCUCCAGUGUGGCUUCAACUUCGCCGGCGAGGAACUGAGAUCUUUGAGGUGACGGGCCUCCACGACCAUGACCUAGGCUGGGUCAAAGCUGUCCGCAAGACCAACAAAAAAGUCAAGAUGGUGCCCAGGCUGCUGUUUGAUGACUGGUCCUACCAGGACUACAUGAGCGUGCUGGCCAGUGAAGAUGAGAUUGAGGAGCUGGGAAGUGAACUUGUGCAAGUUGGAAAGACCGAGGGAUUUGAUGGUUUCACAUUGGAGCUGUGGAGCCAGUUGGCAGGCAACAAAAGAAAGGAGCUGAUCCAUUUGGUAAAACACAUAUGUGAAAUGUUGAAAGCCAAGAAAUUAGACUGCAUCCUCGUCAUUCCUCCUGCUGUGACAAGCAUUGGGCAGCCUGGUAUGUUUGGAAGGGAGGAUUUUGAGCAACUUGCUCCUGUCGUGGAUGGCUUUAGUCUCAUGACCUAUGACUACUCCAGUGGUGCCAGGCCGGGUCCGAGCGCCCCUCUACCCUGGGUCAAAGACUGUGUCCUCCAGCUAGCACCCAACACAAAGUGGAGGUCAAAGAUCCUGCUUGGACUCAACUUGUACGGCUUGGACUUUGUCAAUCAGGGGACCGAACCAAUCCUCGGGGGGAGGUAUAUAGACAUUUUACGUGAACACCGACCAAAACUCCUGUGGGAUGAAUAUUCUGCUGAACAUUACUUCACAUACAAGAGGAGCAAUGGAGUUAAGCAUGUGGUUUACUAUCCAUCAUUGAAGUCACUGCACCUGAGGAUUUCUCUGGCAAAGGAACUGGGUACUGGUAUCUCCCUAUGGGAACUGGGACAAGGCCUGGACUACUUCUAUGACCUGCUAUGAGGACUUUGAAUCAUUUGCACAUGGACUUGUGCAUGAUCAUUUUGCACUACAAAGACAAGUGCUGUAUGGACUGAUUUGGUUUGAAGUGGCAUGAACUCUAAAAUGAGCCAUUAACGUGAUUUAAGUAAUGUUUGACGUGCUAAGAAAUUACUUUGUUGAAUCUGGCAAAGAAAGGUACUUUUGUUUUUUCAUGGUUGACAAUACACUUGUGUGGUUGUGUCUAAAUGCAGUACAUCUUUAGCUUUGUACAAGAUGAAUGGAAUUGUGAAACAACUACUAGCUUACUUCGCACUAGUGAGCAGAAUUAAAUUGUUGACAGCGAGCCAGGUGGACUGCAUGUUCUGUCCGGUGAUCAGGUGUCUGUCUGUGACAACGUGCACGGCAUCUUCUUGGCUCGCUGGGGAACAAAGAGGGCAUUAGUUUGACAAAUAAAGUUCCUGUCAGGGCAUCUGCUCAUCAUGCUCACCUGUGUAUGAGCCACCGCUGUCUUUCACAAAGUCUUCCACAAUCAGAGGCAGGUUUGCAAAGUCAGACAGCCGCACCAGUUCAAACACUGACGGCUUUGACAUAUUAAAAAAUGUCAGGAUUUGGCAAGCUUUCCAUUGGAAAUAGUCACAGGUGGACACAAAUCUGACUCAUACUCAUUGGUAACAAUAAAUCAGAUAUAUUUAUCCCACUAACACUGAACACUUCACUGGUCGUUGUCUUGGG